AUGGCCGACUCCGGAGAGGCUCCCGCGGCUGUCGAGCACCUCAACAUCAAGGUUACCGAUAACAACAACGAAGUGUUCUUCAAGAUCAAGCGCACAACCCAGUUGAAGAAGUUGAUGGACGCGUUCUGCGAAAGGCAAGGAAAGCAGCCUUCGACGGUUCGGUUCCUGUUUGAUGGCACCCGCGUGCGCCCUGAAGAUACGCCCGAUACUCUCGAGAUGGCCGAUGGGGACACUCUCGAAGUGCACCAGGAACAAAUCGGUGGCUAG